AUGUGGAACCUUAUCAACUACAACUACGGCGGGGGAGACGCAACCGGUGACGGCAAUGAUGAAGGAAACGCCCCUAGCGGAAACGACAACGCCACCGCGAACAACUACAACCUCUGGAGCAUGCUAGGAUAUGAGCAGGACAAUCCGAGUGUAGAAGAAGAAGCUAGCCAAAAUAGCAAUGACCAAAAGGAAGUCCAGUCAAAGGAAAAAAAAAAAAAAAAAAAAAAAGCAGUAAAACAUUUCGUGAGAGUGAUUGACGAAGAUGGCAACGACGUUGUUGAAAAAACGCUCGGGGAGGACAUAAACGAAAUGGACCAAGAUUCAUCAGAUAAAAAGAAAAAAAAGAAGAAGAAAAAAAAAAAACAUUUGACUAGCGAAAAUAGGGACAAGUCCCCCUUCCUCAGCGAUCUCAGUUCCUACGCUGACUACGGCACAAGCGAUGAAGGUAAAGGAAGGAAUGAGUCCCACGUAACGAAUGAGGAUGGUCUGGACAAGCAGCAGGAAUGCGACGCAUCCAUGAACGAGGAGGAAGGCACUGUGGAAGAAGCCACUGAGGAGGUUCCCAGCGAUAAUGAAGCAGACGGUGAAGGUCAGGCCGGGCAAGAAACGGCCUCCGCCAUGGCCAAUGAAUGGUUCUUUGGAAAGAUCAAAGAAAUUUUGGAGCCAACCAUGAACCAGGAAACCAUAAGCGAAAUGAUAACGAAUAAAUACAACAGCUUCAAUGAAGCCAACUCUGGCAUUUUCUAUCUAAUCGAAAACCUACUCGUCCGUACAAACACCCAAGAAAAAAUGGAACUAAAUAAAAAACAAAGAAGCAGCUACCUGUACAAUCAUUACAACUCAAUGGAUUCUUCCGUUAAUGAACACUACAAUUUUGUAAACUAUUCCAUCUACUGUAUUAACAAAGAGCUAGCUGCCAAUGUGGAAUUGGAGGCGACCAAAAUGAUAAAAAUUUAUCACUAUGCUUUUAGCAAAUUUAAAAAGGAUAUAAAUUUUAAGGACCAGAUUUUUGCCGACUUGGUGAAUGAGGCGGAUGAGGUUUCCACCUUGAUAGUUAAUGAGAAAAACAACCAAAAGAAGAGGAUCCCUAAAAUUGACUUCCUCAUUUUGGUAAAUAUCAACAGUGAUAACUACAACAACAUAAUCGAAUCGCACAGUGUGCAAACGCCCAAGUUGAAGCUCGAGGAAAUUUUUAAAAUUAACGUUAAUUGA